AUGAGAUAUUUCGUCACUGGGCUCGUUAACCCCACUUGUACGCUCAAAACAGCGGGACAGGGGAAAGUCAGCGCGGAUGGGAAUAGGCUGGAGUAUACGGGUGCUGCGAACGCUUCGGGAAUCGAUACGACCGAGGGGAGCACCUGGUCUAGAACGAUUGGUGUCGCAAUCUUUGCAGGAGCUUCGUUGGCGUAG